AACGCUCGACGGGGCUAGUACCAGGAAGCGCUGUGGGGAGAGGAGCGGAGUUGAGACUGAAGCCAGGAUGGUGGCGUCCUCGUCCUUGCUGAAGCUUCGGGAUCUAAUCCAGGAGAUUCGUGAGGCCAAGACCCAGGCCCAGGAGCGGGAGGUGAUCCAAAAGGAGUGCGCCCACAUCCGGGCCUCCUUCCGCGAUGGGGACCCUCUGCACAGGCACCGCCAGCUGGCCAAACUGCUCUACGUCCACCUGUUAGGCUACCCCGCCCACUUUGGACAGAUGGAGUGCCUGAAACUGAUCGCCUCCCCCAGGUUCACAGACAAGAGGGUGGGCUACCUGGGGGCCAUGCUUCUACUGGAUGAGAGGCAGGAUGCCCACCUGCUCAUUACCAACAGCAUCAAGAAUGACCUGAGCCAAGGGAUUCAGGCUGUACAAGGCCUGGCCCUGUGCACUCUGAGUGCCACGGGCUCUGCUGAGAUGUGCCGGGACUUGGCCACUGAGGUGGAGAAACUGCUCCUGCAGCCUAGUGCCUAUGUGCGCAAGAAGGCUGUUCUGACUGCAGUGCACAUGAUCCGGAAGGUCCCUGAGCUCUCCAACAUCUUCCUCCCACCCUGUGCCCAACUGCUUCAUGAACACCACCACGGCAUCCUGCUGGGCACCAUCACGCUGAUCACGGAACUCUGCGAACGAAGCCCUGCGGCCCUCAAGCACUUUCGAAAGAUGGUGCCCCAGCUGGUGCACAUCCUCCGGACUCUGGUGACGUCGGGAUACUCCACAGAACACAGCAUAUCUGGAGUCAGCGACCCCUUCCUGCAGGUCCAGAUACUUCGUCUGCUUCGGAUUCUGGGCCGGAACCACGAGGAGAGCAGUGAGACCAUGAAUGACUUGCUGGCCCAGGUAGCCACGAACACAGACACCAGCCGAAAUGCGGGCAACGCGGUCCUGUUUGAGACGGUGCUCACCAUCAUGGACAUUCGCUCUGCAGCAGGCCUGCGGGUUCUAGCUGUCAACAUUCUUGGCCGCUUCCUGCUCAACAGUGACAGGAACAUUAGGUACGUAGCCCUGACGUCCUUGCUGAGGCUGGUGCAGUCUGAUCACAGUGCUGUGCAGCGGCACCGCCCCACCGUGGUGGAAUGUCUACGGGAACCUGAUGUGUCCCUCAGCCGGCGGGCCUUGGAACUGAGCCUGGCUCUGGUGAAUAGCUCCAACGUGCAAGCCAUGACACAGGAGCUGCAGGGUUUUCUGGAGUCCUGCCCCCCUGAUCUACAGGCCGACUGUGCCUCAGGCAUCCUGCUGGCAGCAGAGAGGUUUGCCCCAACCAAGCGGUGGCACAUAGACACCACCCUACGUGUGCUGAUGACGGCAGGCACCCAUGUGCGCGAUGACGCAGUGGCCAACCUGACCCAGCUGAUUGGGGGCGCCCAGGAGCUCCAUGCCUACUCUGUGCGCCGUCUCUACAGCGCCCUGGCUGAGGACAUCUCCCAGCAACCGCUGGUGCAGGUGGCAACCUGGUGCAUCGGGGAAUAUGGGGACCUCCUGCUGGAAGGGAGCUGUGAGGAAACUGAGCCCCUGCAGGUGGAGGAAGAAGAGGUGUUGGCACUGCUGGAAAGGGUGCUGCAGUCCCAUAUGUCCCUGCCGGCCACCCGAGGAUAUGCCCUCACAGCCCUCGUGAAGCUCAGCACCCGGCUCCGUGGGGACAACAACCGCAUCCGCCAGGUUGUGUCCAUCUACAGCAGCUGCCUGGACGUGGAGUUGCAGCAGCGGGCGGUGGAGUAUAACACCCUCUUCCGGAAGUAUGACCACAUGAGGGCUGCCAUCCUGGAAAAGAUACCUCUUGUGGAGCGAGGUAGCUCUCAGGUUGAUGAGGAAGCAAAGGAAAGCAAAGAAACAGCCCAGCUUUCGGAAGCAGCCCCUGUCCCCACAGAACCCGAGGCCUCAAAGCUCUUGGAUCUGUUAGAUCUCCUGGAUGGCCCUUCUGGGGACGCCCAGCACCCUCCCCCUCUGGAUCCCACCCCAGGAGGCGCUUUGAUACACCUCCUCAACCUUCCCUGUGCUCCCCCACCCCCUGCUCCCAUCCCACAUCUCAGAGUGUUUGAGCGCGAAGGACUACAGCUGGAUCUUUCUUUCGUUCGACCCCCUGGAACCCCUACUUUGCUGUUGAUCACUGUCACUGCCACCAACACCUCAGGGGGUGAUGUCACCCACUUCAUCUGCCAGGCCGCUGUGCCCAAGAGUUUCCAGCUGCAGCUACAGGCUCCCAGUGGGGACACAGUUCCAGCUCAGGGUGGCCUUCCGAUGACCCAGCUCCUCAGAAUCCUCAAUCCUAAGAAGGCCCCCUUGCGGCUGAAGCUGCGCCUCACCUACAACCACUUUGGCCAGUCGGUGCAGGAAAUCUUUGAGGUGAACAACUUGCCUGUGGAGACGUGGCAGUAACUCGGCCUUCACUCACAGCCUGAAACCCUCCUGCGUCCCCAAGCCCAGGGGAGCCGCUAUCUGAGGACAGCCAGCAGGUGGCAGUCUGGUCCUGUACUUGCCACUGGGGUUGGGGGGCUGCCCCCAACCCUACAAAUAGUGAAAGCCCAAUAAAGCCUGAGGGGGGAAGCCAUA